AUGGCGACUUCCAGCAACAUGGCUGACCCGAGCCCGGACGACGGACGCCCCACAACAACACAGUCAACUACUCCUUUACCGGUGAAACCGUUAUUUGAAAAGGAUUUUGGAGGAUCUGGUUUUACUAUAGACAAAUCCGACGUUAAGUCUCUCGAAGAACAAAGUAAUGUUACAGUCUCCACUGGUGUCAAGCGCAAAGCUGAUACUGACAAUCCUUCAGUCCCAGUGCCAAAUGAACUAAUGGAGCUGUUACAUUGUAAACUCUGUGGGAUCAUGCUGAAUUCUCAACCCCAGGCACAAGCCCACUACGAAGGCAAGCUUCACAAGAAGAGAUUUCGGCAAUACAUCGCCCAGCAAAGCAUACCUGCUAAUCUCCCUCAAAAAAAGUUGCCAACAUGUUUUGAGGAGGAUGAUCCAAUGAAAAACAAAUUCUCAUUCUGCGAAUUGUGCAGUGUGUCUUUCACGUCAGUGACACACGCCAAUUCACACUACGAGGGUGCAAAGCAUGCAAAAAGGUUACGACCGUCGCCUCCCGUUCAUUCCAAAUCACCUAAAAAGGCUUAUUUCUGUGCAGUGUGCAAUCUGUCCCUAAACUCUAAGAUUCAAUAUGACCAACAUAUCUCCAGCAAAAAACAUGAAGUAAUAUUGAAGGUUAAAAUGAAAGAUAAAAGUGAUAUGCCGCCACCACCGCCUCCUCCCCUGCCAGCUGAAACUCAACAGCCUCUUCCCCAACUGAAGUUACCACCUCAUUUGCUCCUGCAGCAACAGAAUGGACAAAAUCAGGAAAAGGGAAUAACCGAAGAAACAAACAUUUAG